AUGGCUAAACUGCUCGCGUAUUACAAUCUGUGCCCUAUAAAUAAUAUCGAAGAUUUUCUAGGACUGUCGCGGGAUGUAGAUCUUGGGUGUGUUAUCAAUACGCUCGGACGGAACAUCAUUCUUGUCGUGAAGCUAAGCAACCAACGGCAGGUACGUAGCUGGACGGUCCUGGAUCGGCUCAGUAGUAAGGUGGUUUACGAUUUCAACUCGGAACGCUACGUUGGAGUCUUCGGUGGCCGAUAUUUGCGUUUCUGGGAGCGAGAACAGAACGAUUUGAAUGCAGUGAAAAAAAUUAAGUUGUACCGAGUGGUACAGGACUUGUUCACUGUUGCCAGCGGCCAAACACUGGUGCUGUACAAAGAUGGGACCUGCGAAUCGCUCGAGAGUGCAUUGGAAACUAGAAACAGGGAUCGCAUGAACCCGGCUGCCAUUGUGCAGUCCGGGAACGUGGACCACGAGACGCACACUAUCCAAGAUGUCCAGGUGCUAACGCUGGACGACGGAUCACCGCUGCUGACGUACUACGUGAGAAACGGAAAGGACGACUCGACGGAACUGAACUAUGCCCUUCUGGGUAAAUCCGAUCUGAAAGUGGUGAACAGGUUUCAGAAAAUCAAACUGGAACGGAUCGGCGACGAACUACAGCUUGCCGGACGGUGUAUUGUUGAUAGCAGCGAAGGACCAUCACUGAUAACGCUUUGGUCCGACGGGCGGCUCUUCAUCCUUCAGCUCAGCCUCGGCCAGUCACCGAAGCAACAGGAGGGCGUGGGAAACUUCUUCGAGCUUGUUCAAAGCGUCGACGUCAGUCAGCCGCUUUCGAUGGCCAGCGUUGGCAAGGACUGUAUCGCCAUUUACGCGAACAACAGUAAUCGGGACGGCGCAACAUUGGCGCUCUUCAACGUUCAAUUUAAAGUGUUUCAGGCGAAGCAAUACUUUAAGGUUUACUUCCGAGCGUCCCGUAUCUGGGUGGUAGAGAGCAACAUUUUGCUCGCGUGUGGGGAAACGUUGGCAGUCGUUCCGUUCAAAAUCAGCAAAGAGCAGCUCUCGGACCUGAUUGGCAGCCAGCGAACGUUUGAUCUUUCGAGCACGAUCGAUGACGAAAGUAUCAACGACGAAGCGGAAUUUUGUGAAGGCUACACGUUCGGCGGUUCGCUACCACCUGUAGAGGAAGUGAAGGAAGAAGACGAUGACCCGGAAGAUGAGCCAUCGCCUCUAUACCACCAGUACGCUAGUGAGCAAGAUUUCGAAGCAACAUUACGUCAGAUUUACCGUGAAUCGCUGCCGAUAGAAGUUGUUCACGAUGCGACGCAAGAGGAGGUUCAACUGAAGCUGUUCAACAACCCGGACCCGAUUCUGGGCCCUUUGGUGCUGAGCGAAAAAUGUGAACUGAUCGCCGAAGAGAUGGAACGCAGCGGUUAUUCCGAGCUGGACAUAUGCGACAAAAUUGUUCCGUUGAUGAUCAAGGCCAACUUAUCGAACGACAUCGCCAAGUGUUUGAAGCGUUAUUCGGUCGUCUCGGAGAGACUCCUUGUCCAGACAUUGAAGUAUGCCAUGAGCUUAGAAUUUGAAGCUACCGAUGAAAAUUCCGAACCAGAUGUUAACGAGUUGAACACCGUUCCCGAGGCGAUGGAGCCUUUGGCUAGCCAGAAUGUAAUUAUCAACGCACAGAAGACCCAUCCAUCUCGACGUGACUUUUUGAACGUCGUCCUUUCGUGUAGCUUCAAUCGUUCGUCGUUAAUUCCGAUUGUUCGAGGCGGAAUUGACUUUACCACCGUAUUGAAGCUACUGCAGCACCUGGAAUAUCUGCUGGUCGACCCGAUGGCAACGCUGAGUGAGACACUGCACAAUGGCGAUCGGUUCGACAGUGAUGAGAAAACCGUCGAAUGGAUCAUGGUGCUGCUUGAUUCGCACUAUCAGCAGUUCUUGCUGUCGAAAGACGACAUCGUUCUCGAGCAGUUGCGACGAAUCCUGGCCAUCGUGGACGGCCACAUCGGUUCGCUGCGGCAACUGAAAUCGUUUGUUCCCGAACUACAGCAUAUAGUGGAGCGUAAGAAAGGCUUCUCGUCCGCCAGCACUAACAAAUGGUACACUGUUGAGACGAUUCAGCUUUACUGA